AUGUCAAAUGAAAUGGGUUUACAACAAAAAGAAAAAUUAGAACAGAGAAAAUUUUAUGGAGCUGAUCCAUUAGACGCGGGAUGCGACAAUGGAUUCACGUUUACAGCGCCAAACUGGCCGACCGAUCCACAGGGCAUCGUAUACCGAAUAAAAAGCAACUAUCCAUCACACCCAGCCAGUUCUUUCUAUUAUCCACAGUUCAAUCGGUUGCCGACCAUAGCAACUUUUCAAUUUAUAAAAAUUAAAGAAUAUGAACAGUCUUUGAACGGCAGAGGGCAAGCAUCAGAUCCUACAGUAAAAAUUGAAGAGAGUGUGAUUAAAGUUUUAAAUGGUGAAAAUGAUAGCGAUCGAGAAGUACAACUUGAAAUAGAACAGCAAAGACGAGAACAAGAGUACAAUAACUAUAAAAGUAUUGAUGAUGAUAAAGUAUCGGUUUCCAACGUCACGUCAUCCAUAUCAAUAACAAAAGAUAAUAAAGAAGCGUUGAUGAACAGCAUUUUGGACAACUAUCAUGUUCAAAAGCAUAAGAAAACUCAUAAAAAAUCAAGGUACCGGGAUUGCCGGUUAGGUGUCUGGUCUGAAUGGAGCGCAUGCAGCGUAUCGUGUGGCAUCGGCGAAAUGCAGAGGCGUAGAGAGGUGAUAAAACACCCAAGAGGAGCAGGACGGCAGUGUCCACCAUUGUUGCAGACCAAAUGGUGUGGGAGCGCCAAAGACUGUCCUCCUCAAACACAUUUUGAGUGGUAAUAAUAUUAAUUAUAAUAAUAUAUUCAAUAGUAUAAUAUUGUAUAUGUUAUUAUAAUAGUAUAUAUUGUCUACCAUAAAUCAAUUAUCAACAAUCAUUUAAUUUUAUAAAAAAACACUAUCUUCUGUUUUGAACGGUGAUCAAAAACUGGUCCCGAAAUCUCCUAUYUUCAUAAUUUCCUCGAUUCCAAAUAACAUAAAUUGCAUACAAUAUAUAGGACUAUAGGUAUUAUUAUAUAUUUAUAUUUAUUUUUAUUUAAAAAGCUACAAUAAUUUGACACUCGUUCCAAUAAUGAAAUCGUAUCACUACCGUCAUUCAUUGCCCACUUUUUCUACAUGAUCAUUUUUUUAAGUUUUGUCUCAUUAUUUUUAACUACAAAAUUGUAAGAUUUGCUGUAAAAUAUUUACUUGUAUA